GAAUGCCAUCAGCUCCGUCGCAGCGGCACAUCUGGAUACAGAACUUAUGAGAGGGAGAACCUGUGGACUUAGGAGAUUUGGUCUUUUUUUUUUCCUGCUGGAUCUUCUGAACUCACCACGAGUCCAGAACUGAUGAUCAGGUGGAUCACUUGCACGCCAUGGAGAUCCUGAGUAUGAUCCUGGCUUGAGAGGACCCACAGCGGAGGCUCUGUCAGCCUGUCCCAUCCUCACACCCCAACUGGAUGUCUUGAUGUAUUGCUGUGGGCUGGGACAGUGGCGGAGAGUGCAGUCCACCUAUGGAGACCGUCAGGACUUGGAUGUUGUUGAGGAAAGAAACGCCCAGGUGCAGCUGGAGAAGGCAAAGUACAAGCCCGUAGCAUUUGCCGUGCGUUGCAACUUCUCUUACAUGCCAGCAGAUGAUGACAACAUACCUGUGCCAGGUCAAGCUGUCACCUUUGAGGCUAGAGACUUUCUACAUGUCAAAGAGAAGUUUAACAACGACUGGUGGAUCGGACGGCUGGUAAAGGAGGAUGGUGUGGUGGGCUUCAUCCCCAGUCCAGUCAACCUGGAAACCAUUCUCAUCAGGAGAGAGGUCCAGGCGAGGAAAGCUGCCAAGGCCUUAGCCAACAAAGCAGCAUCUCAAGUAGCUCAAGAUAUGAACUCAAAGAAAUACACGCCUCCUUCACAAGCCCCUCAGCAGGUGAAAAAGAAACCGGGGGAGCAAGUGGCUAUGUAUGACGUUGUGCCUACAAUGCGUCCUGUAGUUCUUAUGGGGCCGUCUCUGAAGGGCUUAGAGGUUACAGACAUGAUGCAGAAAGCACUAUUUGACUUUUUAAAACACAGAUUUGAAGGCAGAAUUACUAUUACACGAGUGACGGCAGACAUCUCUCUGGCUAAACGGUCCAUACUCAACAAUCCAGGCAAAAAAGCCUUAAUUGACCGCUCGAACACCCGCUCCAAUUUAGAUGCUGCUGCUCAGAUUCAAGGUGAGGUGGAGCGUAUCUUUGAGCUGGCCCGCAGCUUGCAGCUGGUCAUCCUGGAUGCAGACACGGUCAACCAUCCUCUCCAGGUGUCAAAAACCUCACUGGCGCCCAUUCUUGUCUAUGUCAAGAUCUCCUCACCAAAGGUUUUAACCAGACUGAUCAAGACUAGAGGGAAGUCUCAGACCAAACAUCUCAACGUUCAGCUGGUGGCAGCAGACAAACUUGCCCAAUGCCCACCGGAAAUGUUUGAUGUCAUUUUAGAUGAGAACCAACUAACCGAUGCAUGUGAGCACAUCGCAGAUUAUCUGGAGUCCUACUGGAGAGCUACUCAUCCACCAGAGAUGGAGCCUGCCAAUGCCCUGGUGGCCCAGCUGGCAGAGAACACACUAUCUAAAAGUCCUUCAGCCAAAGCGGAUGAGCAGAAGAAAAAGAAGUCAACAGCAACGAAGAGGAAAGGUUCUCGUGAGAACCAUCUAGAUCAGGACUCUCCUUCAGCUCCAGUUCAGGAGAAGAGAGCUGAGGAAAGUCAAAGAGAGGAUGAAGAGGCCCAGAUGUUGAAGACUGAAUCAAAGAGACCUCAGCACACCCACCAUCACCACCACCACCACCACCACCAUCACCGAAAGAUGGAACACCAUAGUCAAACUCAGCACAGCCAAAUCUCUGGAGGUAUGGAGGAGCCCUCGAGAGGAGAUCACAGCCAGAGGCUUCCUCGCAGGCACCCACCUAAGGAGAUGGAAGAGGUGGUGGAAGAUGUGGAAGAAGAUGAUGAGGGUCACCACCAAUACCAUAAUAGCAAUCACCACCGCCACCACCAUCACCGUGGAAACAGCCAGCCUCAUGGCAGAGAGGACUAUGAGCAGGAGCACAAUGAACGCAACCGGCACCAUCGGCACCACCAGCAUAUUCCGGCAAGAAUGCACCAUGCUGACCACAAACCUGUACACAAUCAUCACAACUAUCAUCACUACCAUGGAAGGGACAGGGACAGAGACAGAGACCGACACAGGGAUAGAGACAGAGACAGGGACCGGGAUCGAAAUAGAGACAGAGAUGGAUAACAGUGGCACAGAACGUCCUAUAUACACUCGUGAGAGUUGUUCCUACUGUUUGUAGGUGCAUGACUUUACCUUACUCAACUUGUAAUGCACUAAUGGAUGGUAGAAUGAGCCGUCUUUUCUCAUCAUCA